AUGAAAGGCUUCGUUGCCGGAAUCCCUAUUGCGCUGCUUGCACAGGAGCAUGAUUUCCACCCCCACGCUGGUGGCACCGUCAUCGGGGGUCCCUCUGGAGAUGACAGUGAUGGUGGCUUCACCAGUCCCUACUCUGCCAAUAUCAAGACCAACACGCAGGUCCACGAGUACAGCAAGGAUGAUCACUCCGUCCACUUGAAGCACAAGGAUGUGUACCCUCCUCCCCAUUUCCACUUCGGUCCCACUGUUGUUGAGAAGGGGCCCCAGGUCCCUGGCAUGGGUCCUUUCGAGAAGCGUGGCGCCCCUGGCGGCACUGUUAUCGGUGGCCCCUCUGGUAACGAUGAGGGCCAGAGCUUUGACAUGCCCAUCACCGGUGUCUUCCAGACGGAGGUGAACGACUACAAUAAGGAUGAUCACUCCAUUGCUGUCAAGAACAAGGACUUCCACCCUCCCCAUGGUUACCAUGGCCGUCCCGCUGGUCCUCCCUCUGCAGCAUUCAAUGCUCCUCCCUCGACCUUUGAGAAGCGUUGGGGUCCCGAGGAAGAGCAUGGUACCGUCAUGGGUGGACCCGGUGGUGGUUCUCACCACGGCCCUGCUGGCUUCCAUCAUCCCCACGGUGGCACUGUCAUUGGCGGUCCUUCCGGUGACGACGAGGGAAUUAGCUUCAGCAAGCCUGUCACUGGCCAUUUCAAGACCAACGUGAACGAGUACAGCAAGGAUGAUCACUCCAUUGACCUGAAGCACAAGGAUGUAUACCCUCCUCCCCACUUUCCUCCCUGGGGUGCUCCCUUCAAGCGCGGCUGGGGACGCGAGCAUGAGAAGGGUGCCACCGUGAUGGGUGGCCCCUCUGGAAACGACGGUGGCCAGAGCUUCAGCGCUCCUGUUACCGUCGACACCGAUACUGAUGUCAACGAGCACAGCGAGGAUGAUCAUUCUAUCCACCUGAAGCACAAGGAUGUAUACCCUCCUCCCCACUUCCCUGCCUGGGGUGCUCACCCUCCUUUCCGCCGUGCGUACUCUCCUAGCCGCGAGGCUGGCGGUGGCACUGUCAUCGGUGGUCCCUCCGGUGAUGAUGAUGGAACCGACUACUCGGACCCCACCAACAUCGAUGUGACCAGUGGUGUCAACGAGCACCACGAGGACGACCACGCUAUCAAGGGUGACUUCACUCACGUCCACCCUCCUGCUACUCCGCACUACUCAUGGGCGGACGACGAGGAGGGUCCUUAUAGCUACGAGGAGGGUCCUUACAGCUACGAGGCUUCCCCCGGCCCCGUUGAGUUUCCCGUCCCAGAGAGCUCCCCUGCUCCUCCAUCUGACUCACCUCAGGGGGCCCCCGCUCCUCCUGCUGCUGGUUCUCCUCCUGCCUACGCUGAGGUUCCCCAGGCCGCCAAUGAGGCUGAAGCUCCUCACCGCGAAGACCACCAGGAGUGUGCCGCCAAGGUGCACGAGGUUGUCCGCACCGUGACCAAGACCCAGUACAAGACCGUGGACGCCACCCCUGAGGUCCCCAAGCUGUACAAGGCCCAGACCAGCGCUGUCUCCAUGGCCGCUACCCCCCAGAUGUCUGCCCAAGUUGACCCCAAGGUCUUCUCCAACGCUGUCCCACUUUCGGGCUCCGCCUCGUCUGGCGUCCGCUCUUACGCUCCCUACUCCUACGCUUCCCAGCGUCUCAUGAGCCACGCCGCUUCAUACUCUACGGGCUACCCCUCUGGCAGCAUGGCCAAGAUGAUGCCCACCGGUGUUGAUCCCAUGUCACACGGAGCCAAGUCGUCCGCAGCUGCAUCUCCCUCCGAGCACGCUACCAUGUUCGAGGGUGGUGCUGCCCGUCUCUCUGGCGGUCUUCUCUCCGCUGCCGCCGGUGUUAUGGGUGUGCUUGCCUUCAUCCUCUAG